AGAGAGGGCCACAUCCAUCAUUUAUAUUUGUGGAGAGUUAACUAGGUGAGUUACGGAGUGGUUGUAUGAUUGAAGAUAAGAUGAAAGGCGAAGAAAGAGUCCAAAACGCAAAGAGAAAAUGGGUCUUAGCUGCUAUUAUUCUGCUCGCUCUCUGCUCCAUCUUCACUGCUUCUCUCACUCUCAAAUGCUCACCCGCUAACCUCACCCCUCACUCCGAUUCCACCACUCUCCACGACUUCGAUGUGCUGGAAGUGGAAGAGAGGGAGAAAGUGGUGAGACGCAUGUGGGAUGUGUACACUCAAACCAAGACUGCCUUACCUCGUUUCUGGUCUCAUGCUUUUCAUGCGGCUUACCACCACUUGCUCACUCAUGAUCCCACCGUCCGAGAUGCUGCUGUUACCGAAAUUGCCAAGAUGUCCCUACGCUCUCUCAAUUUGCACCUUGCUCCACCAAUCUCAAAUCACAAUCCUCAGUACUUCUUUCUUUCUAAAAUCAGAUCCAGGGUUAUGGAGAACACAUCAAGGGAUCAACAAAAAUGAAGCAACCAGAGAGUAGCCAAUAACAGCAAUCCUUACUAGUGCUGUUCAACAUUCAACCACUGGGACUCGUGUAAGAACAGUACACAUCAAAACACUGCCUUUCCCGUCUUCACUCUUCAGUAAUGUGUUGAGUAAUGCGUGAAUAACUAUUUUGUAGUGGUAAAUAAAUUGUAUUUUAUUAUGCAUUUAAGCUAGCAAUGUCAUUGAAUGUACCAAAGCCAAAAUUGGCUUAGUGGAUCUGUUAUAACGAAUGCUACAAAAAAAGGUCUUCAAGAGAAAUUAUCGCA